GGUUCCACGAUGAGUGGUGACUCUGUUCCUCCUCCUCCUCAGCCUCCGAAAGAAUCAUUCGCUCGACGGUACAAAUAUGUCUGGCCUCUUCUCCUCACCGCUAAUCUCGCCGCCGGAGGUAAUCAAGAGAAUCUAGCAUUUCUGCUUUGAAUUUGAAAUAGAUCUUUGGUUUUGGACCUUUGGUGAUCUGCUUCAGAUGAUUACGCUCUAUGUGUUUGCUGUCUAUUGAUACACAUACUUUGACUCUGAGGUUUAACCAAUUUUGCUCAUCUUUAACCCGUAACAUGAUCGAUAACCUGUUUGAUAUCUAUAUGUACCCUACUAGGACUGCUGAGGUUACAAUCUUUGCAUUAUAUAGUGGCAAAUGCCUUGACAGAGACUUUCAUUACACACUUUAUUGCUGCUUCUUCUUGGUCUUAUUGCUUUUUGCAGGGUACCUUUUCUUGAGGCCUAAGAAAAAGGAUAUCGAUUCUUUAAGUGAAGAGAUUGCUGCUAAAUCAGAUUCAGCCGCUGCGGCUUCUGUUACCAUGGCAAAGCCUGCGCCUUCUGCAGUGGUUGCAGAGCCUGUUGUGAUCAAGGCACGUGAGCCAAUACCGGAGAAGCAACAACGUGAGCUCUUCAAAUGGAUCUUGGAGGAGAAAAGAAAACUGAAACCGAGAAAUGCGGAAGAGAAGAAGAGGAUUGAUCAAGAAAAAGCCAUUCUGAAACAGUUCAUUGGAUCCAAAACCAUUCCUACUCUCUGAUUGUAUUUUCAGUUUCUGUGUUUGAUUUGGUUUCAGUUUUUAUUCUUGUGUAUAUCAAUCAUCAUAUAUUUUGCUUUUGGAAACAAAAACAUAAUACUUUGAAUGUUGAAAACAUUAACUUUGAAAUCUUAGAUUUUGAAAAUUUUAAAA